AUGAAUCAAGAAUCAAAUGGCGGCUUAUCGAUGAAAGACAUUCAUGGAAGAUUAGGAUUGUCCGGAGAAGCCCAGGAGAUAUGGAGUCACCGAAAUGAGGGGAUCGACCUCAUUAUUCCAUUUCUCCCAGAAUCUCCUUCAGAUGGGUUAAUUGGGAUUAGUUUUGUUUCUACUGAAGAUUGCAUUGUUCAAGAUGGUUCUGGGCUGUGUGUUUCAAAUGCUAAUAUUGAUAUAAUGGUUUUCCACAGAAGUAAUUAUAACAAAGAAGUAAUUAAUAUGGCACAUAAGCACAAUGUGUAUGUCAGCACCAGUGGCUGGGCGGAGCUCCUACUUCAUAAAGUAAAUCUCUUUGUGGAUCAUUCCCAAGUGAUGGAUCUUGAGUGUCUCCAUGGCAGCAACUUGCGCAAAUAUUAUGCAUUUGUUCAUGAU